AUUUAAUAGCCUGUACUAGAAAGUAUUAAUGGAUAAUAUAGGCCCUUCAUUAGCCCAGGCUGGAUAAUAGCCUAGGUAUAGAAUGCUCCCAGUAAUACUUAGGCGUCCAGAUAGCUUAUUUCAUCAAUCCAUCACCCAUAUUACGAUCACUGCCACGUAUUCUUGCUCGACUAAGACGGUUGGCCCUGCUUUUGAUAGAAUGUAUAUGUUUGUCGCUUCAGCACUGACGGGUGGUCUCCCAGAGAGACGCGACACAGGUACUUAGAAUUACCUACGUCACUAUUCAUCAUCGCGCCAAGAGAAGUACCCAC